AAUCGACGGCGACGCCUGCAAUAGCUGUGAGAACUCAAGUUUAUUGUCAACGGAUGAGGUCAAAACAACAUUAUCAGUCAAACACCACUCAAAAUUUUCCACGGUCACCGUGAUCAUCCAAUUCAGUGAUCCAAUCCAAACCCUAAUUAAAUAGCCCAGGCAAGAUCAAUCCUCCACCGGAUCCUUUCAGAUUUCCGCAGUUUUUUAGUCGACGCCAUUAAUGCCUCCUGUCCUUCACUUAGCUGCCAAUCUGGACAAGAUGACGCCCUUCUUCCUCCUCUUCCUCUUCCUCCUAGCCGGAGAAGCAACCGGCCAGCAGUGCCCAGACUGCGGCUCCACGCCCGUUCCCUUCCCCCUCAGCACCGCUUCUGGAUGCGGCGACCCCUCGUACAGGGUCAGAUGCGACUCCGCCGGAAGCGUCCUCUUCUUCGAUUCCGUCAACGGCUCCUCUUACCCCAUCGCCGCCAUCUCCCCCUCCACCCAGCGCCUCGUCAUCCGUCCGGCUCCCUUCCUUUCCGGAGGCGCCUCCUGCGUCUCCGCCGACCUCCCUUUUCAGGGCAUCCAGCUCAACAGCACGCUCCCCUUCAACGUCACCAGCAGCAACACCAUCAUGUUCUUCAACUGCACCCCCAGCCUCCUCCUCUCCCCGCUCAACUGCUCCACCAACAGCCUCUGUCACGUCUACGCCAACGCCAGCACCGACGCAGCCUCCUGUCGCUCCCUCCCCAUCUGCUGCACCUUCGUCGCCGGCGGCUCCUCCACCUCCUACUCUAUCCGCACCAGAGAAACCGGCUGCAGCGCCUACCGGAGCUUCGUGAACCUGAACGCGGCGGCGCCGGUGGACCAGUGGGUGAACUCCUCCGGGGUGGAGCUCCAGUGGGCCUCCCCCAGGGAGCCGCUAUGCGCCACCCAGGCGGACUGCCAGGGCGGCGCCAGCGUCACGUGUAGCCCGGAUCCGACCUCGGGCAGCGGCCUCCGGCGGUGCUUCUGCGUCGCUGGGUUACGGUGGGACCCCAUCUCCGGCGCCUGCGUCAACAAUGUCACGAAUUCCGGUGGCGGAUCAAACCGUGCUCCUCUAAUCGCAGGGCUGCUGUCCGGCGUGAGCGUCGGAUUGCUGAUGAUGGCGGCCGGCUUCCUGCUUUACCGCCGGCAGCAGCGCAUCCUCGAGGCGCGGAAGCGGCUGGCCAAGGAACGCCAGGACAUCCUCAACUCCAACAACCCCAGUAGCCGCUCCGCCAAGCACUUCACGGCCAAGGAGCUCAAGAAGGCCACCAACAACUUCGCCUCCGAGAAUUUGCUUGGCUCCGGCGGCUUCGGCGAGGUGUACAAGGGGGCACUUCUCGACGGCACGCCCGUCGCCGUCAAGUGUGCCAAGGUCGGCAACACCAAGUCGACGGACCAGGUGCUUAACGAGGUGCGCGUGCUGUCGCAGGUCAACCACCGCUCCCUGGUGCGACUCCUUGGAUGCUGCGUCGACCUCGACCAGCCGCUGAUGGUUUACGAGUUCAUCCCCAACGGCACGCUGUACGACCACCUCCACGGCCUCCACCCGCCGCUGCCGUGGAGCCGCCGCCUCGCCAUCGCCCGCCAGACCGCCGAGGGCCUCGCGUACCUGCACUUCGCCGCCGUGCCACCCAUCUACCACCGCGACGUCAAGUCCAGCAACAUCCUGCUGGACGAGAAGCUGAACGCCAAGGUGUCGGACUUCGGACUGUCCCGGCUGGCGGAGCCGGGGAUGAGCCACCUAUCUACCUGCGCACAGGGGACGCUGGGCUACCUCGACCCGGAGUACUACCGGAAUUACCAGCUGACCGACAAGAGCGAUGUGUACAGCUUCGGGGUGGUGCUGCUGGAGCUUCUGACGUCGCAGAAGGCGAUCGACUUUGGGCGAGGGCAGGAUGACGUGAACCUGGCGGUACACGUCCGCCAGAAGGUGGAUGAGGAGAAACUGAUGGAAGCGGUGGAGGGGGUGCUGAAAGAGGGGGCGAGCCAGGUGGAGCUGGACACCAUUAAGGCGUUGGGUUUUCUGGCGAUGGGAUGCCUGGAGGAGAAGAGGCAGAACCGGCCGUCGAUGAAGGAGGUGACAGAGGAGAUCGAGUAUAUCAUUAGCAUUCUUGAAGCCGCCAUGCACGGCGGAACACCAUCACAGCAUUAAUGCUUAGUACUACCUCAUCAGAGGUAAGUAAGAAUGCUAAAUUCUGAAUGUUUAAUUACUCUGUUGGCGUUGCUGAUAGCUCUGCGCGUUGGCGUCUUUAUCGUCUGGACUCUGGAAUAUAGAGCUGAAUUAGACAAGCAGAAUGAUUCCGUCCGUGUCUAGCUAGGUUGAAGUGAAAGGAGCUCAAAAUUAAAGUCUUUUAUUCAAGAGCUUUCAUAGACUUUGUUCUCAACUUUCUGAGUAAUACGAAGGGGAACUCAAUUCCUCAAUAAUAUAUUGCUAUAUUGCUUUCUGGAAGGAUUUUCUUUUUUCCUUCA